GGCAGCUCAGUCCUGCUGUGGAUUCCAGCUCCUUCUAACCCCCAGACGGCCUCCAGGCGGGAGCUGAGCCUCCGGCCACGGUGUCUGCUUUCCCCCGCCCAGCAGGGAAGGACCAUGUCCCAGGGCUCAUUGUCAUUCCGAGACGUGGCUGUGGGGUUCACCCGUAAGGAAUGGCAGCAUCUGGACCCCGCUCAGAGGACGCUGUACCGGGAUGUGAUGCUCGAGAAUUACAGCCACCUGGUCUCAGUAGGGUGUCAGGUCACCAAACCGGCUGUGAUCUCCAGGUUGGAGCGAGGCCAAGAACCGUGGAUGGAGGAGGAAGAACUCGUCAGAUGGAGCUUUCCAGAAGCAAUUUUGCAAGUCGACGGUCACGCAGGCAGACCACGGGAGCACCGAGCCACACUUCUGCGGAGCGGCGCCUUCCUGGACGGCCAGGAACCGACCGAGAGAGGGCCCCGGGCCUCCGUCCGCCAGAAGGCAGACCUUGAUCCCUCACAACGGCAGGGAUGCGCCUGUGACUCGUGUGGCGCGAGUCUGCCGCGUCCCGGAGACGGUAGUCCCACCGCCUACCUGGCCCGGAGGCGCUUCGAGUGCGACGGGCAGGGGAACGUGUUCCUCUACUCCAGGCCCGACGGCCCGGCUCCGGGCGCGCGGCCGCGGCAGUGUGAGCGGUGCGGGUGGCCGGGAGGCCGGGCCCGCCGCGGGGAGCCCUUCCCCUGCGAGGCGGCCGUGCGCGCCGAUCCGCGGCUGCACGCGGGCCCCGCGGCCGGCCUCUCCGGCCGCCUGGGCUGCCAAGCGCCGCCCGGCGGCCCCGCGCCGCCCCCGGGGUCCGGCCCAUCGCUGCCCGCCGCCCUUCUGGCCGGGGGGAAGCCCUACAAGUGCUCCGAGUGCGACAAGACCUUCUCGCACAAGUCCCGCCUCGUCGAGCACCACCGCUCGCACACGGGCGAGAAGCCGUUCGGCUGCGGCCAGUGCGGCAAGGCCUUCUCCCGCAAGUCGUGCCUCCUCAUCCACCACCGCAUCCACACCGGCGAGAAGCCGUUCGGCUGCGGCGAGUGCGGCAAGGCCUUCUUCCAGAAGUCGCACCUCAUCCUGCACCGGCGGACCCACACGGGCGAGAGGCCCUACGAGUGCGGCGAGUGCGGCAAGGCCUUCUCGCAGAACUCCUGCCUCGUCAUCCACAGGAGGACCCACGUGGGCAAGAAGCCGUACGAGUGCUCCGAGUGCGGCAAGACCUUCUCCCAGAAGGCCAACCUCAUCCGCCACCACAGGAUCCACACCCGGGAGAAACUGCACGGCUGA